UUAUCAACACGUACAUUAUUCACAGAUUUUCAUGACUAGUCCGAGCAAAGGCCUUCCGAAAACUCUUUUACUCGAAGUUCUAAUAUCGGCUGCGAUGCGCAGCGGCAAAGUAUUGCACCUUUUCUUUCUGUUCCACUCAAGCACCGUUUUCUUCUCCGAGGGAAAUUCGGAAUCGGAUCCUCGUUCAUCAUAUUUCAAAACCCUGAGGAAUAAGCAGCUAUUGGGUUAUGCUGUCAAAAGAUUCAGUUCUCCCAGUUUGCUGUCUUGUGGUCAGCGAUGUUUGAUGGCGUCGUGGUGUACCUCCACAAACUUCAGGUUGUUUUCCGAGAAGGAUGGCAGAGGAACUUGUGAACUGAACUCACACAACAUCUCAGUUUCCAACGAAAACAUCAACGUUGAGGACCGGGAGCAAGUUACUUUUUCACUACGCCUUAAGGGUUGUCAAUUAGCCUUUUGCCUCAAUGGUGGUUCUUGCUUGCAUGAAAAGGAAAACCAAACCUUCUCAUGUUCUUGCCAAUAUCCUUGGACUGGCGACAGAUGUGAAAAUAAAAUGGGGAACUCCACGUGCAAGGAAAUUUAUCAUAACAAACUGGCUGACGGGAAUAAGGCCUAUUUAUUACAAAUAGGUUCUGAAAAGGUCCCUGUGUACUGUCACAUGACAAGUCUUGGCGAAUGUGGUGGAUAUGGAUGGACGCUGGUUAUGAAAAUGAAUGGCUCAUUAAGAACGUUCCAUUAUGAUGACGUCCUGUGGAGCAAUUACAAACCUUUCAACCUUGAAGGAGGAAAGACUGGGUUUGACUCAAAUGAGACAAAGUUACCGACUUACUGGGACACAUCCUUCACAAGGAUCUGUCUCGGUAUGAAAAUCGGCGAACAGGAAAACUUUACUGCCAUUAACAAGUCGGCGAGCUCGCUAUACUCACUCAUCGCCGAUGGGAAAUACCGCGCCACCUCACUGGGUCGUAACACAUGGAAGAAGCUGAUUGGCUCACGAGCCUCUCUGCAGCGGAACUGCAACAAAGAAGGGUUCAAUGCGGUUGGUGAAAAUCACUCUCAUUCGAAAGCAAGAAUCGGUUAUAUUGCUAACCAAGAAAAUGAUUGUCGUACUUGUGAUUCCAGAAUUGGAUUUGGUACUGGCGGAUAUCACGAUGACUCCAACACGUGUGGUAACCAAGCAACGCAUAACCCAGAUAACGGCAACAAAAAUAUCAGAGCUAUGGGAUAUAUCUUGGUGCAGUAAGCUCUUUCCAGGAUAUCUGGUGGUGCAGCAUCGAGAUCAAUAACAAUACCACUUCCGAAAUGUAUUUGGUAGAGAAGCAGGGAACGGCGGCAGAUAAGUUUGACAAACAGUGGGCUAAGCUGUCGAUGCAAAGGAACAUGUCCUUUAAAAAGAUCUGUCUCGGUGCGGCGAUCAAUCGAUAUAUCAACUGCGCUGUCCCUCAAUUGCAGUGAUCACUGCUGGUGGAUACUUUGAAAUCUCUCAGGGUCGUAAUAUUGUGAAAGGACCUGAUGGCCUUGGGUGGUUCUUUGAAGCUGGACUGUGUUGUGGAACUCUCUGAGGCAACAUACACCACAAUCUAACCAAUCUAAAGAAAGUCUUAUUUCGAUUUGUUUAUUUGUUUGCAUUUUUUUGGUGAUUUCUUCCCUCUUGUUCUGAAGGAUAUCAAAAUGAUUCUGAACGAGGAACAAAGAAUAAAUUAUCCAGGACCAAUAUGGCUCUCUGUACGCAAUUAUCGCUAUUGGGGAACAUCACUCCACUUCACUGAGCUAUGGAACAUCUAACGGAAGCUAAUGAGCCGGAAGGCUUCACCAUGAAUCAUUUAAAAAAACGGUUUCACGACUCGUUCAUUUCGAUUGGCUUAACGUCAGAAAAGGAAUAUUUGCUAACAACCAAAUUAGCGGUCAGCAGAUUUGGAGCAUGCCAUAACGAGUAACUAGCUUUUUACUUUUGCAGAUAGCUUAAAUCCUUCACAACCACGAAUCUCGACAUUGUCAGCAAGCAUAGAGAUCUUUUGUUAUUUCAAUCGUUAUCGUUGCACUUAUAGUUGCUGUUAUUGAGCCUUAUGACUGAAUUAAGAUUACAUUACAUCGUGCAACAGACAUCCUCUCCUUGGUGAUGAUAAAACCAAAGCGCGAGCUUUCAAAAUGGCUGCUGUACAAUUUCAUGUACUUGAUGCCUUUGCUUCAGCUGCUCUGACAAUCGUGCAAGAACUACUAUUUUCUUCAGCUUAAGUUAGUAUUUGAAAUAAAUUUAAGAAAUCUUCAAGGGGUUAUUCAUGAUAAAAAUAAUUAUUAAAAUCUGGAUCACUGGUUAAUGCAAUUCAAGGGUUUUCCAUGCGCGCACAUGAAGACGAGUUAAACCGAAAGUAUUUUUGUACAUUUCAAUAUUUCGUUCGUUCUUACAAAAUAAAGUGGGGAAUAUAUAUUUUGGGGCCAUUUUGAU